ACACAAUUAAAAUUUUGUUUUUUGUUUUUUCAUCAAGGUUGAUAGUUCAAACCAGUUACAGUGAUGUCCCUGGGUCAUAACAACAAAGAAACAGAAAUGUGCUGCUAAAGUCGUUCUACUUUCUUCAUCUGCUUUACCAUCAUGGGCUUAAAGAAACCACACGGUAUCGGCGCCGCACGUAAAUUACGCAAUCGUCGUCGUACGCAGAGAUGGGCAGAUAAAGAUUAUAAGAAGGCGCAUUUGGGAACACGAUGGAAGUCAAAUCCAUUUGGAGGUUCAUCCCAUGCUAAGGGAAUCGUUGUUGAAAAGCUAGGAAUUGAAUCUAAACAGCCUAACUCUGCUAUUCGUAAAUGUGUUCGCGUUCAAUUGAUUAAAAACGGAAAAAAAGUUACAGCUUUCGUACCACGGGAUGGUUGUCUUAACUUUAUUGAUGAAAAUGAUGAAGUUUUAGUUGCAGGUUUUGGUCGUAAGGGACAUGCUGUUGGUGAUAUUCCUGGUGUUCGAUUUAAAGUUGUUAAGGUUGCUGGUGUUGGUUUGUAUGCAUUAUUUAAAGAAAAAAAGGAGAAGCCAAGAGCAUAAAAAGGAGGCAUAACAGUAUAAAACUAAAAAUGCAACAAUUAAUAGGUUUUUUUUAAUUACGUACAAAAACCACUUUCCUAACAACACAACAUUGUAAAAGCAAACUUGUUACGACAACCA